CAAUUGUGCAUCCUCCAGCUUAAUCCAGCUCUUCGUCAGCGAUGAUGAUGAUGGCGCAUUCAGCACUGAGACUGUAGACUUCGCCCAGAGCGUCAUCGAACAUCCAUCCAUCCCCUUCCUACCUCGAUAAAUAUCUACACCCCCCGGGGAGACAGCCAUCUAUCCCUCUCCUCUCUCUCUCUCUCUCUCUCUCUCUCGCCCAAGGAAGGACGUCACUCCUGCUCAUUGCUGGUGAUGCGGUCACCGGCCUGAGGCGCGCAGUGCUCAGGCAGAUCGCGCCUCAGGCCGGCCGACAUUUAGGAGGGCGUCGCCACCGCGAGCAGCACCAGCAGUGGCGUCGCCUUGGUGACACAAUAAGGACGAGGGCGCUAGCUGCCGACGGGACGGGGCUGCUGGUUGACGGGACACGUGCCAUUCAGCCGGGGACGCCAGAACUCUGCGGGCACGUUUGCCCACACCAUCUCCUUCAAUUCGGCCAAUCACCAUACCACGUGUUUCGGCUGCAGGUGCGUUACUGCCGGAAUAGUAUGCCGUCAGUUUGUAGCUUUUCCAGUCUUGCUCUGACAGCAGAUAAUCGCUCGAGAGAAGCCUUCACCUCACUGACCGAGAGAGCAUCACACGCACUCGAAUGAUCGGUCGUAUGACUCGGGCCUGUGCUGCUGUGUGUGUAUGUACGUACCUGGUGAGUCUGUCGAGUUUGGCUGUGAGGAAGGCCACAGCCUCGGACAACGAGAACUCCAGGAAGACGUCCAGACCGACAUCGACCCAUACACGCGACACACUUGGCCUGCACGGACGCACAUCAAUGGCAGGUAGGCAGAGCAUCCUUGUUGUGUUCCCAGUCAGCUGCAGUUUGUGCGUGCGUACACGUGUGCGUGAGCAGAUACGUCCGCGCCCAGCGGUGCAAGCAGAGUCAGCUCCUGGAUAUUCCCCGACACUAGAUACUGUAUCCUCUCGAGAAGACCGCUGCUGCAGACAUUCAU